AUGAGCCAUGAUAUAAGCCUGAAUGAAAAGGAUACUAAUGAGCUGAGGGCUAAGCUCGGGCUGCCGCUCUUACCCCCCAGCCAAUCCGAGGGCGUGGGCCAGAAGGAGGAACAUGGACACCAGAGCGAGGGAGGAGCGCGGGGUAAAAGAGUGCGCAUACCGAAGAAUGAAGCCACGGUGCGGGAGAAUGAAGCCACGGUGCGGGAGGAAGAAGCAAUGUCGUUUGUAAUUAAGCAUGACUUGCCUAUAAAGGAGGGGGAAGAGAUUACAUUGACGCUUGCAGACAGCCAUGUACUCGAGAAUGGUGAACUCACCAUCCAAGAUGCGCGGCUAGCGGAAGUGCAAAAGUUUGCUGGCUACGCUGAGGAACGAGAACGGAUUCGGGAUUACGUCUCGGGCGCCGGACCACAGGGCGAGAGAUUUGAAAACGACGAAGAAAUUCUUAAACCCAUAACGGUUCGGGCUUUGCCUGUGAAGAAGGAGCGAUCUCUGGACCAUAUAGCAAAAAGGAAAGGAGGGGAUCGGGUGGUGAAAAAGACCGGGUUCAAGCACCGAAAAUCUGCACGUCGUUCGGCAGCUAUUGAUUGGUCGGAAGUCUUCGCGAACGGUUCGGAGAACGUGCCUGACGAGCUGUCGGCGCCUAGCCAGCUGUCGGCGCCUAGUCAGGUUACGGCGCCUAGUCAGGUUACGGCGUUCGUGAAGCCGCAGAGUUGGUCUUUUGUGGGUGCGGAUGAGGCCGAAGCGGGGGUUGACCAGCUGCUGGACUUAAUCAAGGAUUCGCGGUCAUUGGUGAAGAAAGAAAUCGUUGUGCCCACUUGCAUUACGGAAAGAGACUUGAAGGAGGAUGCGAGCGGGGUCAAGGAGGAUGCAAGCGGGGUCAAGGAGGAUGCGAGCGGGGUCAAGGAGGAUGCGAGCGGGGUCAAGGAGGAUGCGAGCGGGGUCAAGGAGGAUGUGGCUGGGGUCAAGGAGGAAUCGAAGGCUGGCGGCCAAGUUGGAGCCGGUGAGGGAAUUUUGAUGACCAAAACGCGCGAGUUUGUUAAGAGUGUCCAAACGCCUCUUGAGCGUCUGGAGGAGACAAAGAGCCAGCGUCGCGGCGUAGCUAACGUCUCAGCCAACCCAGCGACUGAAGCGGUAGAGCCGCCCCACCUGGACGCGGUGAUGGAGCAAGAAAGCUUGACUGGGGGCCUUUCGCAAACUCUUAAGUACUUAAAGGACACAGGCAACCUACAGGAGGAUAUUGGUCGCCAUGUCAACAAGGAGGGUUACAUACCAUUGCACAAGAGCACUGGCAAGGGCGACAUAAAGCUCGACUAUUUUGACCCAUGGGGCAAAGUAGUAGGACCCAAAGAUGCGUUCAGACUCAUCAGCUACCGUUUCCACGGAAAAGGUCCCGGGAAACGGAAAGUGGAGAAGAAGCUGCUCAAAAUGGGACGAGAACGGGAACUGAAGACAAAAGCUCCAGAAGAAGUAAUGCCCACAUUACGAGCUCUCAAAUCACAACAAGCAAAAGGAGACGCCUACCUAGUAUUGAAUGGUAUCAAGAAAUGA